AUGCACUACAUUGUCUACUCACGCAUCUUCGAGGAGCUCAACUGCCCGACUGUCUCCCUUCUCGCUCCCUCGCUCAAAGCGCCUCGCCUACUCCCUCGCACCGACUCGACCGCGCCCAACCUCCAAAUCCGCCUCGAGGGUCGCGAGCGCGACGGUUUCAACCUCGAGGGCGUCGAGUGGAAGCGGCAGGUCAUCGAACCGCCUGACUACGGCUUCCUCGACGAAGAGUCCGGUGUCGCCGACGACGAUCCUGCGGACGACGAGUCCGACGAAGACGAAUCCGACGCCGCUUCUCGCGCGCAUCGGUCCUCGAAUCGACACCCCGUCGCCUCGCCUCCUUGA